AUGUCUUCGGGCGGCCGACUAGCUCCAGUACCACCUCCAAAGCCAAAAACUUUCAGCCGGAAUGUAAUUACUUACGCCCAGAAACAAGGUGAGCCUAAUUGCAAGUCUGCUUAUUUGAAUCAUUUUUUUAAAUUUUGAAAAGUUCCUUUCUAAAUUUUUCGUUGUGUGAAUGAUAUUGAACACUUCUUCAAGUCUCUCGACUUUUUCCAGUUUUUCAAUCGACAGAAAAACAAGGAAUUUUUACUCAAUAGCGCUAAAAAUAUGAUUCUUGAACGUAGGUUUUCUUUUCAUAGGGCUUUUAAACUUAAAAAUUUCGCCCACACUAUACAAGUUUUCUUUUUAAUCAUCUGGCAGAACUCCGAAAGAAACUCAAGUUCAUUUUGGAUAGAAAUGAGGGCUCGGAAAAGCUUUUCGUGCCUAAGCCGUUCUCCAACUUGAAAAAUCCAUGCACCCAUCAAUCACCGCAGAAAAAAAAAAACAAACAAGGCAAACGUUAGAAAAUCUCGUAUAGCUGCAGCAUUCUUCUCAAUUUUCUCCUUUUAUCUUAGUAAAUUAACUUUUUCUAACGAUAUUGAAACUCUAAUAGACUGAGACGUCACAAGUUUGAAAUGUUUCAUUCAAUUUUCAGUGGACGGCGUCGCAACUCCUCAAGACAGCGACACGGACAGCGGGAUUAGCGCUGACUGCGAUCAAAACUCACCCAGGUGCUCCAACUUUGCACAUUUUUUUUUUAAUUGAGAUUUUUUAAGGCAAUUCAACAACACACAUAGUGCUCAACGAGGUGCUCAAAACUUGAAAUACGUGAAUAGCGUGUUCCCCAACUAUAACAAUUAUCACCAAACCUACCGUAAUCCUUCCACCUCCGACUAUUUAACGCCGGACUCGGCCAGGUUUUACUCAUUCUUGUGUCUUUCUCGUCAAAAAGCAUGUACAGACGAAUCGCGGCUCUUUCCACUCCACGUCGGCUUCCAGCACAGCCUCCUGCAGCGACAUUGAACAAAUCAAAGCAAUUUCGUGUCCGAUUUGCAGAUGAAGUAUGGCUUCUGCUCAAUUUGUUUCUGAAGACCCAGCUUUCCAGGUCGAUAGCGGGGCUUCAACUUCUAGUGGUCAUUCGUCGGCAACUAAUUCUCCGCGCAACGAUCUGCUCGAAAUAAACUCUCGUAUGUUUUAUUUCUACAAUCGAAAAUCUGAUCUCUACUGUCAAAAAUUUAGUUUCUGUGUUUUUUUUAAAAUCUGAAAUUACAUCAACAAAAAAUGUCACCCAACUGAAAAAGUAAGAAAAUCAGAAUGAGAAAGGUAACCGACUUCCCGGUUUCACUCACAAAAAUACGAAAAAACUACUUUCAAACUUCUUCAUGUUUUCAGCAGCUUUCGGAACCAGUUACAACUCGCCCAGAGAAACAAACGAAGCACUACGAUCCUCAACGUCGGACCUUUCACAAAGCCGAACCGACAGCUUACGUAUUAUCCGUCGAAUAUGCGCUGAGAAAAACUGAGUUGCUUUCAGAAAGAUCAGCGCAGCGAAGACAGCCAUCCAUGCAGCAACCCCCGCCGUCUUUUAAAAUAGGACACUUAAAAGAACCCUUGGAGCCGCCGUCUUAUUCGAUUGCAUUACAGAGAUUGAGGUAUUGUUUGAAUUGUCAAUUCUGAGAAUUAGCACUAAAUUCUCCUGAGGUUUUGCGGGUCCAGAUUGAGAAAAAUCUGAUUGAUGGAAAAAAAAAAUUGUCUUUUCACAUAUUCUUCAGCUCGCCUUUUUUUUUCAAUUUGUUGGCGAAAGAUGGCAAUUAUAGCAUUUCUUUCGAAGUUACAGUCACGAAAUUAUGAAUUCUGGAUUCACAUAGUGAUGAAGAAAUUCUGUUUGUUUCAGGAAAGUCAGCCAGCCGUCCGAGUCAUUGAGAGACGCAGUGAUCCGCCGAAAUGUUACAGACACGUUGCAGCGACAAUUCCGACAACGGUGAAUAAUCAAAAAAAGCAUCAUUAACUGAAUUUUCGUAAUCUUCAUUUGGACUAUAAUUGAGAAAAAUGAUCCUGAAAAUUUUCAGAUCAUCCUCACUGCCGCGAGGAAACAAAACUUACUUUGAUGGGGUCGACUCAGUGGCUUACGAUUACCAGCCUUACAAUAAUCAGGUAAUUUCCCAAAAUUUUUCAGAAAAAAAAACAUUUUUACAGAGCGCAUUAAUAAACAAUCAACUGCCCGGUAGUCUGGAUAAUCUGCACAUAACCGUGAGUCAGACUUUUCUUUUUACAUUGAACUUUGUAGACUGAGUUAAAUUUUUGCGUUCCAGCAGCUGUAAAACUUUUCUGUCCGUUAUUCUUUGAGCCUUGAUUUUUUUUUGAUAUAUGAAGCCGUGGCGCAGAAGUUGUUUGGGGUCGGGAGUACGGAUACACGAAUAUAUCAAAAAAAAAAAUAAACAAGAAAUGCUCAUAAAUUAAAAAUAGUUGCCUAGUUCACCUAUCAUUCUGAUUGGCUAGAAACUUCACAAGGAAAAAUCGCGCAAUUAUUUCUCCUCACAUACGCUAUUUUACGAAAUAUAUUUAAAACAAUAAGUUUUAAUUUUAUCAUCCUGGAUUCUAAAAAAAGUUUUUUUCUUUCAAAAGUACAAAAAAACUUGCUAACAACGUUUUUGCGGAAAUGCGGCGCUCAAAGCCAUCCUAGAGGCGCAUAGAAGACAACAUGGCGAAAGUCGCGGCUGGUCGGGGGAAGAACAACAGGGGGGUAUACAAAGAAUGGCGCUCGUCUGGCCAGCGGGGCUCUGCCCCCGCAAAAAGUACCCACGGUUGAGAGUUGAGUCCGCGGUCCGGAUCCGACAUUCCAGGUUUAAAUUGAGGUUUGGCCUGGAGUGCCGAGCCUAACUUGACCGCGGCAAGCUCUUUUGAAAUUUUUUUAUUUUUUUUUUGUACAAAAAUGGGAGUCUUUGAAAAAAUAUACCGGUUCAGACGGGUACAAUGAAACGAAGAAAGCUGCCGACUGCACCUCUUAUGGGCUCGUCUUGUAUGCUUCACAUGGCGGAUAACGACGAACUUUCAACGUUCCGAGCUAUGCAACAUCAAAGAAUGAUGGACUGCGACAGGUUUUUUUCUUCUGUAUAUUCUCGAGAGUUCAAAAACUACAGAGAACUCAAAAGACAGCCGGUUAUGUUGCGACGGAUGGAUUCUCCAAUUCGAUACGCUUCAGCUUCUGCUAACAACUCCUAUGACAGCUCUAGUUUCGGGUAAGAUUUCAGUAAGAAAAGACUCAAAAAUCAUAGAAAAAAGAGGAAAAAUCAAGAUUCAGAUUUCUGCUACUUCUAUUUUUAACUUCUUAGUUCCUGUUCUACUCACGACCUUAUUCAGAAAAAGCGUUUUUUGUAUGAAAGUGAUUUGUACAAAUCUACAAAGUUUACCCGUUGAAGAUUUGAAUAUUCAUCGCUUGCUUUGGGAAAAAUACUAGUGAAGCUUCCGACUUUUUCUGCUGCAGCAGUGUGUCAAUGACCUUCAAGCUUGAUUUUUAAAGAUCUUUGGCAAAAAUUGAAGAAAAACCGGUUUCAAAGAACCGUCUCAAAGUUAUUGAAAAUCUCGAUUUUAUGUGCCAAUCUGCUUUACAAAACGCUACUCAGGCCGGAUGGAGUCCGUGCUCAACUGAUAGCCUUGGAUCAGAGGGGAUUUCGUCGCGUGAUGGUUGAAAAAAUGAUGCCAGGACCAUUCGGAUUCUACAUCGCCACUGGCAUGGUAUCAGGAACACGAGGUACCUCACAACUCCCGGAAUUGUUUAUACUGUGAAGCGUUCAGGAAUAUUUAUUUCGCGAGUCUCGCUGCCCAGUCUCUCACCGAUGCUUUCCGUUGGCGACGAGAUCAUUUACGUUGACGAGGAACUCAUCAAGGGCCGCUCCCUGGAAUAUGUUCAGUCUGUGAUCGCCGGCAAAACCACAGUCACUAUCACUUUGCUCCCGGCUGUUGGCCAACCUGCUUUUUGA